AUGCUGUUGGCAAUGGACGAGCUGCUGCCGAAUAUAUCGCUCGAUGCCCAGGACGAUCUGGGCAACACUGCUCUGCACUAUCACGUGACUGCCAAAGGAGCCUUCGCAGUGGAAGCCUGUCUUAAGCUUCUGCAAGCAGGCGCCGACUUCCGCCUCAAGAACAAGAACGGCCAGGAGCCGCUCGAGCUACUCGAAAGCAAUGAAAAGCUCUCAACGAAACAGCUCGACCAGGUCAAAUGCGAGAUCUGGGCGAGAAUGGACAGAAAAGAACAGACGCAAGAGCUCCAGAAAAGUCUUGAGGAUGUUGAAGCUGAAAAUUCGGAACCAGAACCGGAGCCGCCAAAACGUCGGGCAUCAAUUUUCGAUGACUUGCCUAAAACGAUUCUGAAAGACACUGUUGAAAUCUUCAACGAUGAGCCGCUAAGCAAGAAACUUGGAGACAAGGAAGAGUAUUCUGAUAGCGAGGGAGAGGGGGAGGAAGAAGAAGAAGAGCCUCUUUCUGAUUCCUGUCUUGAUUCUGAGCCUGAACUGGUUGACAUUGACAGUGAGCCUGAGCAGCUUGAAAGCAGUUUUGAAAGUCGAAAGAAUGAGAAUGAAGAGAGUGAGGAAAUAGUUCCGGAAGUAUUUGUUUCUGAAUGCGCUUCCCCUGUUUCUGAAAUGGCACAAACUGAAAGUGUGCCAUCUCAGCUUCCAGCGCCCGUCUUUUUGAAGGAGGAGCAGUUCUCCUUCUCCUCAAGUUUAAAGGACUCGAUUUCAGGCAGCUUCGAGAGCAUUCCGAUCAACUCGGAGGACGAAGAAAGCCCGAGUCCGGAGCCCUCGCCCAAGCAGAUGCCGAAAAUAUACAGCCAGGCGUAUUGCUGUCCUUCCGGCGUCAAGAAGGGACAAGUGAUAAGCAAAUUCAAGCAGCUGAGCUUGUGCAACCCGGAAAACUGGAUCGGAGGCAACAAGUCUGACGUGAUGAAAUGGGUCAAAUCGAAGGAUGGUCGAUCACUGCAUCUUCAAGAUCGCCAGCUUAUCAAAUCGGCAACGUCUCGUUGGAAUAAAAUAUACAAGAUUUCUGUAUGA